AAAAGCUAAAGAAAAAAAGACGAAAAGAUUUUUUUUUGGUAAAACAAAUUUGAAAAAUUAAUUUUUUACGAAGAAUUUUCCAAAAAUAAUUGCUAAAAACGGGAAAAUAACAUGUCCCAAACCCCAGAUGAAUUGGUGCAAAGUGUUUGUGAAGUAACUGGAACGAAUGAGGCAGAAGCUAAGCAUUUGUUGGCAGCAUGCAACAAUGAUGUCGAAGCUGCUGUAGCAUUAUUUUUUGAAGGUGGUGGAGUCGCCACAGCCACAGAAGAUGCUGAGGCAAAUUUGCCCAUAAUAGACGAUGAUGAUGGUGUAAGGGCACCUAUAGCACCAAUACGAGAACAAUUGAUAGGACCUGAAGAUGAUAAUUUUUAUGCUGCCGCACCACCACCACCGCCAACCGGACGUUUGGCACGCAGUGCUAGCAGACGGGUGAAGGUAUGUCCUCUGAGAGAUUUUGCUCGAGAAGGCGCUUUAAUGGAAGAACAACUGCAGGCUUCGGGUAGCUAUGUGUCUUUGAAUAGUUUAUAUGAACCAGCAUCGAAUAGUCGUGCCAGUUCAAGACGAACUCGUGCUGCUGAUAUGGUUACAACAGCUCAAGCGACCGAGACUAAGAAAAGCCGUUUGGAAGAUUUAUUUCGUCCACCGACAGAUAUAGCGUACGCUGGCAGCUUUCAGGCGGCACGUUCGCGAUCUGAAGCCUUGAAACAGUGGCUGCUGGUGAAUGUGCAGAGCGAUACUUUCGAUUCGCAGCUGUUGAAUCGUGAUGUUUGGCCAGACAAGGCGUUGCGAAAACUGAUGAAAAGACAAUUUCUGUUAUGGCAGGUUGAUGCUGAUUCUUCCGAAGGUCGUCGUUUUGUGGCCUUUUACCACUGUGCCAAGUUGCCGUAUCUGUGUGUCAUUGAUCCUCGCACCGGUGAGGAGAUUUGGAAAAGUCCAAAUCCCACACAAUCUACAAUACUCAAUGAUUUGAAGCAAUUUCUCAUCGAUCACAAGGACUUCAGUCAGGAAUUGGAAGACGAUAUGGGCCCAUCAACCUCUACCAAACGUGCGGCAACGGCCAUUUGUCUGGACAGUGACGGCGAUGAAGCUAGCAAAAUCAAUAUCGAAGAUGAUGAGGGCAAUUCGAAUGCCAGUAGUUCUUCCCAGUCGCAGAAGACUAAUCCCAAGAAACGAAGUAAAAUUAUGGAGUUGUCCGAAGAGGAACAAAUUGCUUUGGCCAUACGCAAUUCAAUGCAAGAAAAUGAGAAGGCAGCCGCCAAAAAUCGCAAAUCGAAUGGAACUGCCGUUAAUGCUGAAGCAGCCGAUGAUGAUGCGGCCAGUGACUUUGGCAGUGUUGAGGAAUUCGUCGAGGAUGACAUCAAAAGUGCCUGUGAACGCACAUCUUAUGAAGAACAAUUGGGUUCGAAUAAGGACGAACUCACUAUGAUUAAACUAAGACUUAUCAAUGCCGAAGGCGCCGAUGAAGUUGUCCAAUUGCGUUGGCCUUCCGAUACGAAAUUGGAAGUGUUGUACUCUUAUAUUUCACAAUGUCAUUCUUAUAUUCCAAAAUGUGGCUACAAGUUAAUUUGUGCUUUUCCACGUAAAACUCUUGAAACUGAAAAUAAUGAUAGUACAUUAAAGGAGUAUGGUUUACAUCCCUCUGCCAAUUUACACAUCACUUUAGAUGACUAAAUAAACACUCACACUAACUCACUCACCCAUUAUUAAUCUUUGUCACUAUCAUUGUUUUCUAUUAGAUUUUGAUUGGGUCUUACGGACGAUAGACUCGUCUCCAGACUUUUGUUUAUUUUCCUAUACAUUUUUUUUUCUUCUUUUUAAUACUUGUCUAAUUUUAAUUAUUUUCUAUAUAUAUUUGUCUAAUUUUUUAGUAUUUUAUUUCCUUUGUGUAUGUUUAUAUUGGUUUGCCUCCCAUAUAGAAAAAUGGGAGGGGGACGUAAUUUAUUGUAGAUGUUCACUUUGAUAUACAUACAACAUAUUAUUAUAAUUAUUAAAACAAAAGUAAAAUAAACAUUUAAUUAAGUCCAUGUUAAGGUAUAAUUCCAAA